GUUGAUGACGCCGUCGUCAGGAAUGCCGGUGUCUCCGCCAGCGGAAGAGGAGGAGGAAGUGUAGGCGAGGAGGAUGUGGGGAGCAAUAAAGGUGGAGGAAGUGGUGGUGAUGGUGGUGGUGGUGGUGGUGGAGAUGGCACCGCUGCUGCUGAGGGGGAGUCAUGGCGCGGCAGCUCGCACCUGGGGGGCCCGUGUGCGGGAGUGCCCUCGGUGACGGGGUCGAUGGUGGUCGCCGACCCACGGGACGGCUGCCAGCCGCCCUCCAACGGGGCGCAGCUGGCGGGCGCGGUGGCGGUGGUGGUGCGGGGCGGCUGCAGCUUCGUGAGGAAGACGUCCAACAUGCAGGCUGCUGGCGCAGCAGCCGUCCUCGUCAUCAACACGCAGCCCCCAGGCGAGCUGCUGAGCAUGGCAGGCGACGACAGCGGGCUGGACCCCGCCAUCCCCGCCCUCUUGCUCACACGCAGCGACGGACUCCGCCUCAUACGAGCCAUCAAUGCCAGCGUUGCCACGGCCGGCACAAGCGCCUCCGCCUCCGCUGCCACCGCCACCGCCGCUGUGUCGGGUACCGAGCUGCCGCUGCCGCCGCUGCUCGGCACGCUUUCACUCCUCCCAGCCCACAUGACGUCACGGAACGGGCCGGCAGCGGCAAUGGCAGCCGCCCUAGGCGGCGGCGUUGGCGGCGGCGAAGGCACCUGUUCCGCGGAGCCCGGCGGUGGCGCCGCUGGCGCCGCCGCCGCCGCCGCCGGCAGCGGCGGCGCCGGCGGGCAGACGAUGACGACUCGUCUUGACUUGCUGGUACCUGGGGGGUCCCAGGCGUUCUUGGAGAGCCAUUUGGCAGCUCACGGUCGUACGUUACAGCAGGUGUUUGGAUCCAUGUUGGCUGACGGGCGUGCGGCGGCGCUGUUGCAGCAGUUGGCGCAACGGAAUGUACGGCAGGUCGCUGCGGCGAUGCAGCAGUCGCGUCAGCGAGGGGCGCAGCAGGGCGCGGUGGGGGUGCAGGCGGGGGGGAGGCCCUAGGCUAGUCCCGCUAGUGUGAGGUGAGAAGUGGGUUAGUAGAGCCAUGGCUAAGAGGAGGAGAACGGAAGGGGAGUGGUGUUGAAAGGAGGGGGUGUAGGAGAGAAACGAUACGGCAGCGGGGUGAGGCUGCCAUGCAAGGGUGGUACGUUCCUGUCAUGGAGGGGCAUGCAAGGAGGAAGUGCAUGGCGCAUCGAACCCGAUCAGGAGCAGGAACGUGUGAGGUAGAUAGUGCUCCGUGUACCGUACACGACGUGAUAGGAAGGCUACUCGCAGGCUUGAUAUAUACAAAAGGCACUAGAAUGCCUCCUUGUGCAUGUUGCCUAGGCAGGAUGGGCUUCGCUUUAACAACGGACCUCAUUGCGAAUGUUAUAAGUCGUAAUUUUAAUCCUGAUGGUAGGUAUGUCUCUACGUGACACGGACAGGGUGAUUCGCAUUGAACUUUGGGCGGGCCAAGGAUGGCAUGGCAAUAGAAGAUGUCUCCUUCCAUGCGACUUUAUACCGGUACUUGUACCGGACCAAAUUUUCAAAAACCGACCCAUGGGUCGCAUUGCUGACGAUGGGAGCUUGAGAAGGGAUCUAACAUGUGUUUGUAUAUGGCCUGACUCAGCUGGUCCGUGCGGAUGGAACAGCAGGCUAGUUGUUGCGGCAAUGCGUUACACUUCGUAUUGGCGACCCGGAUUUCUCCAAGCCGUGAGCAUUCCUCAACCAAGCAACACUCCCAAGAGGCGCAC